GGUUUUUCUGAUUGAGGAAAAAAUCUACCGGGAGCCGGAAUCAGUUGGACUGGGAUCUCCUUUUUGAUCUCUGUUUUUUUCAAUUUGUUAUUUAACGAAAUAGUUAAUUAAUUAACUAAUUAAUUAAUUAGUUUGUCGCGGUCAUUAUCAAGAAGGAUGAGCAGCACCACCCCCACUGCCGCUGCGAUGAAGGAGGACGAACAAGAGUCGUUUGUUGUUGUUCGUCGAAAUAAGAAGAAGGGGAAGGCCGCCGAUGAGCAGGCACCUCCGCGCCUCGCUGGGCUGCCCUUCUCCACUUUCUCGCAAGCCCUUCGCGACCAAUUUUCAACCCUACAGGAGCCUCCAGUACGGGCUAAGUCAUCAUCGCCAACACCUCCCGCCACCCAGACGGACGUGAUUGUCGAAAGGUACAAGAAUUUAGAAAAACUACUUCGCGAAGCUCGAGAAUCGGGCGAUCUUUCACGUCUCUUUCGAAACAAGUUGGUCGUCGAUCCCACGUUGCAUAAGGAAUCUGAACCAAGUGAUGGCGACAGGGUGGCGUAUUCCCUCCGGUUGGCGACGAAACAGCAAAUUUGGGACAGGAUGUCCAGUGAUCUCUUAACCCAAGAAGAGAUUAUGGAAUUCUAUGGUAUUUUGGAAAAAUGGGCGGAUAAGACGCCGAAGCCGUUGAAUACGAAAUGGUUUCGCUGGGUGGAACGCGGCCUGAGGGACAGAGGGGUCCUCGUCUACGAAAAGUAUAUUGACUACGUGAGCUUUACCAAGGCAAAGGAGGAGAUGCACCCAAAAAUCAGGGAAUGGCUGACCACGACCAAGUUUAUGAGUCUGAUGAGUGAGUCAGAUGAUAAGAUAUUUCGUCGCUUGCCGAUCAUCCAUCUCUUCAAUUAUGUGAUGAAGAGGGUCUGGUUGAUUCAGACGAGGCUGGGGUUCAUUAACUAUGACCUCGACUGUCAAGGGUACCUGACCGAAGAGUGGAUGGAGUCCUACAUCCGUGAACUGCUCCCUACGCUUCAGCAACUCGAGGGGAUGGAAUCUGCUCUGGAACCGUUCUAUUUGUGCGCCGCAAGUCGAAAGUUUUUUUUCUUCCUGGAUCCCAGACAUAUUGGAAAGGUGCAAAUUGUAGCCAUCAUGUCGAGCAUGUUGCUCGAUGAGAUCUUGGAGUUGCGGGAUUCCGUUGUUCGGGACACUAACUGGUUCGGACUUUAUAGCCUGCUCCGUGUGUACAAGCACUACGUUUUACUAGACACGGAUGCCAAUGGGAUGUUGAGUCAGGAAGAGUUUCUUAAGUUCAAUUAUUCCUCUUGUGGGGCAUCGAUAUAUCUCACGGAAGCCUUUGCGGAUGCCUUAUUCUCGGAGAAGAUGACAUACCACGGUGAAAUGGAUUUUAGAGCCUAUAUCGACUUUGUGCUCGCGAUGGAGAACAAGAGCGAGGAGCAGGCGAUCAGUUACUUCGUCAAAGUUUUAGAUAUUCAUGGGAAGGGAUACCUCAAUUCGGGGGAUCUGCACUACUUCUAUAAGGACGUUUACAAAAUUUUGUCCGAGUCGAACCCAGAAGCUCCAAAAUUUGACGAUAUCAAGGAUGAGAUAUUCGAUAUGGUGAAGCCAGUGAAUCCGUUCCGGAUAACGGCGGCGGAUUUAUUCAAGUGUGGCAAAGGUGAUCUCGUUAUUGGCAUGCUUAUCGACGCCAAGAGCUUAGACGACUAUGAAAACCGAGAGUUUGUCGUGAAUCCGCAGUAGUUAAUUUGUCAAGACUCCGAAAAUACUCGAAGAAAAUCUUUAACCAAUUAUGAAAAAAGUACAAAAUAAUUCCGUCCCUACAUCAAACUGUGUUCGUCCGACUUAAUUAAUUGCUUUAAUUAAUCCAAAAACUUGCCUUACAAAUAAUGUUGUCGUCACAUUCAGUUCAUAGGUGGACUUUUUUUUUACUAGAUAUUUCAAAAUUCAUGU